AUGUCCAACAAGACCGUGGCGGCGACAAACGCUACCAUUCCUGCCUGGAUUCCUUCAGGUUUUCAGGUCAGUUCGGGAAACACACACUGCCCGAACGCCGCCUCCGUCCUCACACACUUCGCCAUAUACAAUGCCAUCAGCAUCGGCACCUUCCUCCUCCUCGGCUCGUACCACGUCAAACGCCGCAUCAAAUUCUGGCUGAAGCCAGGCCUCCGACCGUGGAAGUUCUGGUCCGCAGCCAUCAGCGUCAUCAUGCAAAUCCUCGGGAUCAUCAUUACUUCGCUUCUGAUCCGCCGGAGCGGGUACAAAGCCGAUCUGUGGCAGCUCAUCCAGAUCUGGGCGAUCCGACCGCGGGUCAGCUGGUUCAUAGGGAACAUGCUAAAUAUCAAGAGGAGCUGGGGAUACAUGAACGGGGCGCUCGAUAACGUCGUCGUGGAAGUGUUUAUCUGCGGUCUCGGCUGUGUUUUCGUUGGACGGCUUGCGCGGCAGGCUCUUACGCACGCGAAUGCAGCGACUUCACCGCAAACCGGAACGAACACAUGGUACAUCAUAACAUGCGUCGCGAGCAUCGUCAUGUUGCUGUCGACGGCAUUCGAGAUCCUGUGGGCUCUGUGGGUCCUGAAGCGGGUAGUCGAGACGAAAGGGAAGGCGGAAGCGCAGGAUAUCGACAGCUUGAAGUGGAUUGUCAGGUUUAUGAUUCCUCUUACGUACACUUGUAGCUUUCUCAUUUGGGCAGCGUUUCUGAACUCCACAGAGGGCGCGUAUUGCCCGGGGAAUGUCAAAUAUGUCGACCUCACUUGGGGGUUGAUACCGGCAGUGACGAACUUGAUGCGAAUCUUCGUGGAGGUCUGA